AUGGAGUCCGUGGGAACCAAACGAGACUUAACAAACGAGAAAAUCAACCCGAUUGAAGAAAAAUUUGAUGAACAAAAAGGAAACAAAAGGAGGAAAAAACUUUUACACGAAUCGAAGAAUUUGGAGGCCGAGAGGAGGAGAAGAAAGAAGCUUAAUGAUCGGCUAUACUCUCUUCGUGCUUUGCUAGAUAAGGCUGCUAUUCUUGAAGACGCGAUCAAUUACGUCAAGGAGCUGCAAAGGCAAGUAAAGGAUAUGGAAAUUGAACUCAAAGAAGAUUCAAGUGAGGAGAAUAAUACAUUAAUGGUAAGAAAAAAUGGCAAUAAUGAGACUCAAGAUUCAAAGGAGAUGGUGCAACAAAUGGAG